GUGUGCACGGAUACGUGAGCCUCGCUCGUCGCGGGACUCGGCGCUCCGGCGUGGCGACGACCUGGACGCGCCCGCGAGGUUAGGUGACACGCCCCCGCGACCACAGCCAUGAAGAGCCCGGUGACGUCCCAGCGCCUCAACGGGACCAGCCCGCAGACGCCAGGCGGCGCGUCCAAGUCCCGUCACGGCGGCGCCGCCAACAGCUUCCAGGUGGUCAAGGUCGCCGGGCGCGAGUCCGGCUGCUACAUCGCCAGCAACAUCGCGCCCAAGGUCGGCAAGCAGCAGCUGGUGUCCCUCAACGGGGACACGGUGCGCUGCGACAGCGUCAACGUCGACGAGGCGCUGGCGUGCGAUGUGGCGCCUAUACCGGCGGCUCGGACCAAGGCCCUGUGCGUGCACAUCAGGGAGAACAAGUGGUACGACGCCGGCAACGUGGUCUCGGUCGGGGUGGCGGGUACCAGCCUCAAUCGUGCACUGGAGAGCAUGUCCCUGGCCUACAAUCCCUCCACGAAGCAGCUCUACUCCGUGGAGGAGGCCAGGACACCUGGCAAUGUACAGUCGCUCGACUGCACCACUCAGUAUCUGGAGUCUCCGUGUAACGGUAAGGAACAUACGUCAAGUGCGAACGCGGACAAAUAUACCAAGCUCGACAACGCCAGUGCGAACAGUAGUCCGAGAAAUAGUCUGCCACGCUCGUGUAGCAGCACAGUGUCUUCCCUUAGCGAGAUAUCACCUUCCGGCAGCUUUCUAGGAUCCGACGAGCAGCACAUCGUGGAGAAGAUCGACAAGAUACCCAAACGCUGGGGACUGAACGCGCUUUUUACCAAGAAUGUGUUUUCGUGGAAGAACAAAGGUUCCCAGCAGUCGACGCCUGCCGGUAGCCCCUCGAGAAACGUCGACAAGGUAGGCGGUAGUACAGCUUUAAUUCAACAGCCGAGACCAGCGAAUUUGCCAGCUAAAACUGCACUGGAAGAGGAGCGCCAUCGUAAGCAAUACAGUGCUAUUUUAGAGGCGGCGAGGAAGAGGGAGUUGCGCGAGGAGAAGGAGCGCAAGCAGCAGCGGGAGUGUCAGCUCAAGGAGGAGAAGAGACUGGCCGAGGACUCCAACACGUGGAACGUGCACGUUUUGUCCAAGUUUGAAAGUGUGAAAAAUACAAAGAGAGUGAGGGAACUGUGGUGGCGCGGCCUGCCGCCGAGUGUCCGCGGUAGAGUAUGGAAGUUAGCUAUUUUGAAUAAUCUGAAUGUAACGCCGAACCUCUAUAAUCUUUGCUUAGACAGGGCGAUGUCGUGCCCCAACAACGAGUCGUUAGCCGCUAUCAGAUUAGACGUGUCUCGUACCUUUCCUACCUUAUGUGUCUUUCAAGAGGGUGGACCAUUAUUCGACAGCCUUCAGGGUAUUUUGGCAGCGUAUGCCGUGUACAGACCGGACGUGGGCUACGUGCAAGGUAUGAGUUUCGUGGGUGCUGUUUUAUCAUUGAACAUGGAACCACCGGACGCCUUUGCCUGCUUCGCGAAUCUGCUGAAUCAUCCUUGCCACAGAGCCGCCUUCACAUUGGACCAAAAACGAAUGAAUACUUACUACAAAGUAUACUCCAGUGCUCUUGCGCAUAAGCUGCCAAAAGUCUUCUCCCAUUUUACCGUGGCCGGAUUGAGCCCGGACUUGUAUCUACUAGAUUGGUUGUAUACUAUAUACGCUAAGGCAAUGCCCCUUGAUGUCGCAUGUAGAGUCUGGGAUGUCUUUCUCAGAGACGGAGACGAGUUCCUCUUCAGAACCGCGCUGGGAGUGUUGCACUUGUAUCAGGAGGAGUUGUUGAAGAUGGAUUUCGUACACGGCGCACAAUUUCUUACCAGAUUGCCGGAGAAUCUGCAGGCAGAAUCCUUAUUUAACAGUAUUGGUCAGAUGUCUACUACUGUUGGGACGACAACAUUCCAGCAAAUGUUGCUUCAAUAUUCUUCGUAAUUUUGCGUAGCGAAGGGAUGAUGCAUGAAAAUGUCGUCUCUCAUCUUUUAGAAAAAUAUUUAUUCUUUACUUUUAAAAUAUGACAUAAAAAUAUAAUGUAGAGAUUAAUUGCACAGCAGAUCAGAGGGACGAUUUUCACAAAUUUAUGACAAAAAUAUAUUUUUGUUAUGAAUUUCUGAAAAUUACAUAUGAAUGGACAAAUUUGUUAAUGGAAAUGAUAUUUUCCAUGUAGAUAAUUGAUCGAUUGUUUAGUUGUAGAUAUGUUUUUUACAACGAAUGACACAUUGAAAAGAAAAUGAUAUAUGCAAUAUGAUAACACGAAUGCUCUAUUAAUAGAUAUAUGUAUACUCGCUUUACAUUUUAGUAUUUUUUGAAACGUUAUAUAUUUUAGAUUUAUAACAUCUUGAAAGUACCUUUCGAAAAGCAAAAGAGAAUAUUAUAAGCUAAAAUUUUAACUUGUCCGAAUGCAUGUAUUACCUUGCGUUUCUAUUUUAGUUUUCAUCAAUUUUUAUUGCAGACAUUUAUGGUAGAUUUUUCGUAAUUUGUGGAUAUACAAGUAUCCGAAAUAUCAAUCUUGCUUCACAUACGAAUAUUACCAUACGUGUAAUGUUGCACGUCAGCUCUGAGAUACAUUUCAUCUAUUCAUUGUGUAUCCUCUCAAUUUUUACACUCUCUUCAAGACUGAAGGGAGAUAUACAUAUAUAUACUCAAAUACAACAAUAUUAUUCAGCUGCAGCACAGGUAUUGUCCUUAUAAAUAUGCAUUCACGAAUUUAGAAUUAGUCGAGAUAAAAAAAAGAAAGGUUUUUGCUGCAUAACAUUCAAUUGCUGUACUUAAAAUUCUGGACAUGCUGGUAUUUCUGACGAUACACCAUAUAACCGAUGAAACGGUCGAGAUUACGUGCCAGGAAAUGUAUUUUGUCAUCGAUUAUCGGCCACAAAAAAAGCGGAGCUAAAUAGUGCAAACAUACAAUUAAAUUAAAACAUUUCUGAGAUUUUUUUCUAAGUAACAAAGUGUAACAUUUGCCUUGCCAAAAGCAUACAGGUUAUAACAGCGCACUUUUUUGUCAAAUAAAGUUUUCUCAUAUGAUUAAUUACAGUUUCCUGCAGUUGGAGUUCCUUCCAACGCGAAUCAAUGCAUGCUGCUUGCAUUAUUUCGCUUCGUUAUUUUUAGUCUUUGCAAUCACGUGUCAAGUGUUGAAUAUGAGAUUAUUGCGGUGAAGCGCAUGGUAAAAUGUUUAUGGUAUACAAUAGACGUUUUGUUGAUUUAUACGUUUUAAAUUAGCGUACGGAUAAUAUAUCUUUUACUGUCGUCACGGUGUGGCAAUUUAUUCAGUUUCAACUAGCGAAAUCUUAUCAUAUUCCCAUCUUUUGAGUGGCCUUCAUAAUGAAGAUAAGAUAAAUUCGAGAUUUAAGAGCGUGCGAAUUAUGCAAUUGUCGAACUUUAUUCUCUAGGAGGAGGUAAUCUCACAAAUGUAUUUUCAUACAACCGCAAUAUGCUUAUUGUGAGUGUGCUUGUUGUAUAACCGCUCUGUUUAGUACGGAUGUGCGUAGAACGAAAAAGAUUUUAGGUCUCAACAGUUCGAACAGAUGAUUCCAACGAUCGGCCAGCCCUGAUGUUGCUAUCCAUGAUAUUUCAGAAUGAUAGUCACAUUACAUUAGGCUCACAUACAGCGUAGCUUGGGUGCUUGAGAACUAUGCGAAAGAAUAUAGAAAUGUAUCAUCAUCGAUAUAAAAUUGUAUUCAAACAUAUAUAUAUAUAUUUCUUUUAUAUAAUGUGAGCAAGGUUUAGGGGAGAAUGAUAGAGCUGGAAGCAUCUGCGGAAAUACUAGUCGUUAGAAACAAACAGUAUGACACAACUGUCGCGGCUCGUUAAGUUCUCAUUUAUUUUUACGAGGCGAGAUUAUCUACAGAGUAACGGUAUAUAUUGUGACGUUUUGGUUGUACCUAUGUGUUUAUACCCGUGCGUUUUUAUAUAUUAUGCGAUAAUUUGCACGACCGGCGUGCAACCAAAUGGAUGUGCUUCUCAACGACACCGUAUACAUAGUACAUGUUUUAUAGGAAAUAUGUGAUUCUCACGUAUAAUCGUAUAUCAAGAUGCGCUCGUACGAAACGCGUCGGGACGUGAGACGUGAGCGAGCUCACGUGUGUAACAUAUAUUCUAGUUUUUAAUCGACAAUACUCUCAUUCCAUCCAUUAUCCCAAACUACUACUUAGCGUUCAUGAACAAUACAUAACGAAUAAGUUUAUAGAUCUAUAUAAAGAGAGCACAAAUGGAUGAGACGUAAUUGGGACACGGAUAAAUUAAAUGAUUUCGUAACUUGCAAUACUAAAUUGGGAAUCUGCGUGCGUAGAUCAACAGCUGCGUUUAUUUGCGACCAAUUUUCUCCCUCUUUUUCUCAUCAAAGUAAAAUUAUUAACAAUCAGAUUUGCAAUAAAUAAGACAUUAAUAGUUUAAUACUCACGAGUUAUUAAAAAUUGAGAUUUUUAAUUCAAUCGUACGUGAAAUUUUAUACUGAUUAUCAAAGUUUCUAUGUAUUAAGUGGCCAAGAUAUUUAAGAGUGCAAUUUAAAUAUCCACAUUUUAUAUAUGCCUCUGUUAUUUCGCAUGUCUUUUAGCUUCGGGAGAGAGAUUUUAUAAAGAAACCUUAUGAAUUUUAUCUAUAACGAUGGCAAUAUAGUAAGCUUUAACUUUUUCUUCCUGAUUAGUUUCUUUCGUUUUUGUUGGAUGAAUUUCGCUUGUGUUCGUACACGUCUCGAUUAAUUAUAUCGUUUUAAUAACUAGAUCGCAUCUGCGUGUAUACCUUCUGUCUCGGACAUAACGUAAUUACCUUCGUGAGACGAUCGACGACGAUGUGCCAACCGUAUCAAAGUUGUAAAGAAAUGUAUGGAAGAUCACUUGUGCAAGUGCUGUCUCCGUGCUAGCGCAAAUCGAUUACCAAGUUUUGUAAUUAUUAGCGUCACGUUAUGCGGUUGGCUAGCGAAUAUAGUACAUUGCAGUCACUUAAUUUGUCAGUGACGGACGGCAAUGUCAUCGGAAUAUAUAAGCGACAAAAAAAAAUAAUGCGACGUUUAUGUCCAAAAAUAACUGUAUCCGUUACACGAGGUGAAAUGCGAGGAUCUUAUAAUUUGUCCGCCUUAUCGAUUUAACGAUCGCGUUAUAAUUACGAAUGCAAGUUGCUGCAGCCAGAAAUGUAUGUAUGUAUGUGUAAUUGGAUUGUUACACGUGACGUGUGCUUGUACGUGUAUUGAUUGCAUUGAAUACCUGUAGGUAUAUCUACGUUCUUAGACAACUGAGAAUCCGUACGAGGGAAAUGUGCUUUUAAAUGCGCAAUUCUUUAGUUUUUCCUAUUACACGGCAAUUGUAUUAAGAAAAAGCGAUUUACUCUCUUUGAAUUCGCAGAGAACAGUCUCCCAUGAAUGACGAAUCUACUUGUUAUACAUACGUUUACUUAAAAAAUACUGGAUUAUACGACGUAGACAAGUAAAACUUGUUCUUGUGGAUAUACCUAUGUGUAUCGCGAAUAUUUAAGUUUCCUCUAUUUAAGGUUGACGAGAUACGAUGCCUAAAAAAAAAGACAGAAUAAGAUCGUGUAAAUGCAAACGUGAAAAAGUCCGUGCACAAACAGCCGCGCAUCAUGCACUACGUGACACUUCUGUGUUCCUUGUCGUUAGUGCCUCGAUGAGAGGAACUCAUUGUAUAUUUUAUACGCGUUUUAUCGUGUGUACAUUUAACUUAAGUGCAAUAUUGUAAUAUAUAUUUUUUAAAGAA